CCCAAGUGACCACCCCACGUGGUCCUAUGGGUCACUAUACAUAGAUAUAUAUAGAUGUAUAUAUCUAUGGUCACUAUAGAGGUAUGAAAAUGAACACAGAUCGUUUUAAGGUCCCAGCAGAGGAGUACCUAACAGACACCAGCACUCUUUUCUAUCUGAAUGAUGCUGUGACUCAGCUGCUGGAGCACAGAGAGGAAUUCAUCCAGUUCGGCAUCGUGAGAUAUUUCGCAGAAUACUUCACCAGCGUGAAGAACGGAAACCAUGUUCUCUUCAGAGAAUUCAGCUACAUUAAAGGUACAGCACACAACCGAACUUCCUUCAUUCACAUCUUCUGGAAAUGCUUCAGACAGAUUGGAAAAAACAGAGAUUUGCUGACGAUGACGGAGUACACGUCACUUCUCCAGCUUAUAUGCCCAGACUUUCCUGCUGAAAUGGUGCAGAACACGGCCAAGAUUGUCCUGAUGGAGGACGCUAUGGACUGCCCCAUGUCUCUCUCUGAUUUUAUCUACGCUUUCCAAAUCCAGUUUUACUAUGAAGAGUUCCUAGAGAGUGUGUUGGUGAUUUAUGAGGACUUGCUUGAGGGAAAGAACCCGAACACCGUCAUCGUCCCGACCUCGACGUCAGCCGAAACGAUAUCCAGCGAGGAGACGGACACACAGGAGGGCGUGGACUCCUCCGUCCUGCUCGAGUGUAUCGAGGGACUGUGUGAACGCUUUAAACACAAACAUCCCCCUCUCUCUGCCAUUAAGGAGGUUCUGGAGAGCAGCACGCGAGUCUCUUACUACAGCUUCCUGAUGGCUUUGUCCAAACAUGAGGGAAUCGAUCAGGAAAUCGGUGCUCUUCCGAACAGAUCAGACCUGCUCAUCGACCCUGAGAUGGAUCAGGAGUUAGAGAGGCUUGUAGCUCAGGUGGCUAUCAGUCCAACAUCGAACAGCAGCGGCAGUGCACAAGGGCUGAAGGAUCCGUGCAGGAAACCAUCGCCGCGUAAAUCCCUACAGCAGCGCAAGAGGAUCGAGAUGGAGAGCGACGGCUCCAACGAGGAAACCGACUCCUCUGAGAAUUAAGACGCCUUCGUUUUGCCUUCGCUUUAUCUAGGGAUAGGGAUAGAUAUAUUAUUUUAAAUUAAGUUCAUCUUUUUUAAAUUAAAUUAAAUUUUAAAUGAAAUUAAUUUAAAUUAAAUUCACUUAUUUAUUUUUAUUCUUAUUUUUUUUCUUCUUGUUAUUAUUAAUAUAUAUAUAUUUAUUUUUCUCUCUCUUCUGUUUCCAUACUUCCGUAAAGCUGCUUUGAGGCAAUGGGAAAUUUGUUAAAAGCGCUAUACAAAUAAAUUGAACUGAAUUGAAUUGAAUUAUCUAAACACCAAAACCUCUGAUUGUUUGCACCGUAUCCGACUUUGCCAAAUCAUUCGGCAGAAACGUCUCUGAAAAUUAAGCAGAUCUACAUAACAGUGCGUUCCAAUGUUGUGUGCUUUGUUUAAACGUAAUUAUUGUACAUUUUCUCUAUACAUGUAGAAAUACAACCUGUGUCCUUGAGUUGUAUUUUUGUUUUUCUUAAUAUUUGAAUUCAAAUAUUCUUAUUUGAUCCACAUAAGCAGUGAUAAGCAGUCUUUAGGAAUCGUCAGUGAUUUUUUUUUUCAGCACUCUACAUUUACAGUUAUUUACUGGGCUUUUGAACAAAAUGUAGACGUGAAAUAAAAAAGCUGCAUAGUUGAGCAUUAAAGGCCUUCCUUAAAAAAAUAGUAGUUUGGCCAAAACCACAGUUUUGACCAGAUAUAAAGCCAUCCAAAAGUACAUAAUUAAUUUUGUAGCCUCACUUCAUCUCUGUAUAACUAUUUCUUCUGUCAUCUCCAAAACAAUUGGCACCCUUCAUAAAGAUCGGCUCAAAAACAUUAAUAAUUAAAAUUCUUUUCAAAAUGAAAUUAAUUCAUUUAAAAAGUUGAAUAAUUCUGAACCUGAUGCCAAUAUUUAAAUAUUUAUACUUGAAAAAUAUUAUAAUCCCAAUCACUUCUUAGAUUUUAAGCCACACGCUUAUCUGAGUCUGAUAUCAAACCUAUACUGAAAGUGGUUACGGUGUCAAGAUACUAUAUAUUAUUUAUUUUAUUUUCAUUUUAUUUUAUUUGACUUAACUCCCUACAAGCAGUUUGUCAUGGGUUUGAAGCACAGUUUUAGCAAUUUGCUUUAUUUUUUAAAAACAUUUGUUGCUUAUUCAAGUUCACUUAUACAGUAUGUUUUUAUUGUUUGAUUAGUUCUGCAAUAUCCUUUUGUAUAUUUUAGAGAAAAUGAACAUGUCUAGUUGCUAUAAAAUGCGGUUUGGGUAUAUGAAGUAUGUAAUAACUAAUGAAUAACUAAUGAUAACUAAUGAAGUAUGUAAUAACUAAUGAUAACUAAUGAUAACUAAUGAAGUAUGU